AUGGCUGCGCGCCCCGCCGCCAGCCUCGCCUGCUCGCUGCUGCUCCUCUCCUGGGCGCUGCUCCGCGGCGGCUGCCGGGCGCGCUUCGCCGCCGAGGCGGACCCGGAGGACGACGAAGAGGAGGCGAGGGUUUUCCCCGAGUCGCCGCUGCAGAGACCCACGGUGCUGGUGGCCCUCCUGGCCCGCAACGCGGCGCACACGCUGCCUCACUUCCUGGGCUGCCUGGAGCGGCUGGACUACCCCAAGAGCAGGAUGGCCAUCUGGGCAGCCACUGAUCACAAUGUGGAUAAUACAACAGAAAUCCUCAGGGAGUGGCUGAAAAAUGUACAGAGGCUCUAUCACUACGUGGAAUGGAGGCCCAUGGAUGAGCCUGAGUCUUAUCCUGAUGAAAUUGGUCCAAAGCACUGGCCUGCCUCCCGGUUUGCCCACGUGAUGAAACUACGACAGGCAGCCCUUCGAACUGCGAGGGAAAAAUGGUCAGACUACAUUCUGUUCAUAGAUGUGGACAACUUCCUGACUAAUCCACAGACCCUCAGUCUACUGAUUGCCGAAAACAAAACCAUCGUGGCCCCCAUGCUGGAGUCUCGGGGCCUGUACUCUAAUUUCUGGUGCGGAAUCACACCUCAGGGCUUCUAUAAACGGACCCCGGACUACCUCCAGAUCAGAGAAUGGAAGAGGAUGGGCUGCUUUCCCGUCCCCAUGGUCCACUCCACACUCCUGAUCGACCUCAGGAAGGAAGCCGCUGGCAAGCUGAUGUUCUAUCCCCCGCACCAGGACUACACCUGGACCUUCGAUGACAUCAUCGUCUUCGCCUUCUCCAGCAGGCAAGCAGGCAUCCAGAUGUACCUCUGCAACAGAGAGCACUACGGCUACCUGCCCAUCCCCCUGAAGCCCCAUCAGACCCUGCAGGACGACGUCGAGACCCUCAUCCAUGUGCAGAUAGAAGCGAUGAUUGACCGUCCACCAAUGGAACCCUCCCAGUUUGUCUCAGUUGUCCCUAAGUACCCAGACAAGAUGGGAUUUGAUGAGAUUUUCAUGAUAAAUCUCAAACGCAGGAAGGACCGGCGGGACCGGAUGCUACGCACCCUGUAUGAGCAGGAGAUUGAGGUCAAGAUUGUGGAGGCUGUGGAUGGAAAGGCGCUCAACACCAGCCAGCUGAAGGCCCUGAACAUUGACAUGCUGCCUGGGUAUCGAGACCCCUACUCCUCCAGGCCUCUGACCAGGGGUGAAAUCGGCUGCUUCCUUAGCCACUACUCUGUCUGGAAAGAGGUAAUUGACCGGGAGCUGGAGAAGACUCUUGUUAUUGAGGAUGAUGUGCGUUUUGAACAUCAGUUUAAGAAGAAGCUGAUGAAGCUGAUGGAUGACAUAGACCAGGCUCAGCUGGAUUGGGAACUGAUUUAUAUUGGUAGGAAGAGGAUGCAAGUAAAAGAGCCGGAGAAGGCGGUGCCCAAUGUGGUCAACCUGGUCGAAGCCGACUACUCCUACUGGACGCUGGGCUACGCCCUCUCUCUGGAAGGAGCACAGAAGCUGGUGGGAGCUGAUCCAUUUGGGAAGAUGCUACCAGUGGAUGAGUUCCUGCCAAUCAUGUACAACAAGCAUCCUGUAGCUGAGUACAAAGAGCAUUACAAAUCCAGGAACUUGAAAGCCUUCUCCGCAGAACCCUUGCUCAUCUACCCCACACACUACACAGGCCAGCCGGGGUACCUGAGUGACACGGAGACCUCGACCAUCUGGGACAACGAGACGGUGGCCACUGACUGGGACAGGACACAUUCCUGGAAGUCCCAGAAGCAAGGCCACAUCCACCACAGUGCCAAGAACACAGAGGCCCUGCCACCGCCGACCUCCCUGGACACCGUGCCUUCGAGGGACGAGCUAUGAAGGCUCCACCCGGAGCUCACCACCCU